GCACCAGACAAUUGAGUCCAAAACGUAUUGAGGUAAUUCAGAAGAUUCCUAAACCCACUACUCGAAAGGAGUUGCUCACCUUCCUCGGCAUGAUUAAUUACUGCCGCCAAUGGAUCCCUGAAUGCUCCCAUUAUGACUCAAUCCUAAGGGAGGCUGUACGAUCUGACAGCCCUGAAAAUGUCUGCUGGUCACCAAACAUGCUAGCUUCGUAUAUUGCCCUCAAAGUUGCUAUUGUGCAAGCCCUGGCUUUAGGACUGCCUGUGUAUUGUAAACCAUUUCAUUUGUAUGCUUCGGACAACGGUAAAACCAUGGCCGCGGUCUGUGCACAAGAGCACGGAGGCAGUAUGUGUCCCAUAGCAUUCUUUUCCAAAGUAGUUCCAGCUCCGGUACAGGGUAUGCCGUGUAAUGGCUGUUGA